UCGGACGCGCAGACGUAGGCAUUUUAUUUAUUUAUUAUUUUCUUGGUGAAGGCCCGUGUCCUUUUCAAUCUGAAGCAGCGACCGACACACAAAAACCAAAGGGAGACGACGUCGACGUGACGCGCGCGUAGUCUCUCGCGCGAGCCACAAUCUCGCCCUUGCUCGGCGAGCUCCGUGUUUGCAUUGUGUGUGAAGCAUCGAGGACGCGAGACACAGCCGACGCCCCCGUCGCCUACAAGGAUUGCGGACACUGUCAACCACGUACAUAUUUUCCCACCCAAAGAUCUGCGUGCCGUGAUUUGUCGUUCUGGGGGCCAAAACAGGCGCAACAACGGACAACCCCACAGGACCGGGGGGUGCUUCUCGUGUCUCGGGAGGAAGGUCAGGGCCCACUCUGUUAGCUUGGCUCCAAGCAAUACUUCACUAGCCGUUCUCCCUUUUUUUCCCCUCCUCCAUUAUAUACUUAAAAAAAAAAAAAAAAAAAAAAAAGACAUUAAAAACAAAACAACCAAGCAUCAGAACCCAAGCCAACAAAACAUAUUAUUCACGAGUCGACGAUAAGACUGCUUGUUACCCCCCACGAAACUAAAAGAUUCGAUGCCUUCCAGGGACGAUAAUCGCUCCCUAUCCACUGAGCAACGCUGGAUCCCUCCUUCAACUAUUAGACGCGAUGCGCUCACCCCAGAAAGCAGAAAUGAUGUCAUCUUCCGCAAGGUGCGAGGCAUUCUUAACAAGCUCACACCGGAAAAGUUCACAAAGCUGAGCAACGACUUGCUCAACCUUGAGCUCAAUUCCGAUGUAAUUCUCAAGGGUGUUAUAUUCCUGAUCUUUGAAAAAGCUCUCGAUGAACCGAAGUACAGUUCUAUGUACGCACAGCUGUGCAAAAGGCUGUCCGAGGAAGCUGCAAACUUUGAGAACUCGCAAAAGCAUCAUGAUGGCAGUAGCAAUCUACGCAGCCGCGGAGGAGGCGGUAUCGGCGACCAGUCGGCUAUCGAGCAGGGCGGCAGGCGUGUCAUCGACAGCUCUUUCACACGUAUGCUGCUCAACAAGUGCCGCAUCGAGUUCGAGAACCGCUCAAAGGCGAACGAGGCCUUCGAGAAUCAACUGGAGCUUAGCCCGGAGGACGAGGAGCGCCGGCACACGGCCAAACGCAAGAUGCUCGGCAACAUCAAGUUUAUCGGCGAACUCGGCAAGUUGGAAAUCGUAUCGAACCCGAUCCUGCACAAGUGCAUCCAGCAGCUUUUGGAUAAGAGGCGUAGCGGAUCCAGGGGGGACCCCGCCGAGGACAUUGAGUGCCUGUGCCAGAUCAUGCGCACCUGCGGCCGCAUCCUCGACACUGAAAAGGGCGCUCAGCUCAUGGAGCAGUACUUCAAGCGCAUGAACGUCCUCGCCAAGAGCAGCGAGCUGCCGCUGCGCAUUCGCUUCAUGUUGCGCGAUGUAAUCGAGCUGCGCAAGGACGGCUGGGUGCCGCGCAAAGCCACGAGCACCGAGGGCCCCAUGCCCAUCAAUCAGUUGCGCAGCGACGGCGACGAGCACCAUCGGGGCCUCGGUUCGGUCGGAUUUCAAUCCGGACCUGGACAGCAAGGUAGUUACUUUGGCAGGCCCAGUGGUCGCGAUAACGAGCUCGGUGGACGCGCUGGUCUCGGCGCCGAUCUAUUUCGGCGCAUGGGUCGCGUCGGGCUCGACCCGGUCGACGGUCUCGGCAUCAUCCCACUCAGCUCACCGGGCUUCCCGAUGGGCGGACUCGGGGGAUCGCCUUUUUCCGGCUCGAAUGGCUUCGGGUCCGGCUCGCCGGCAUCUGGCCCCUACGGCCACGGGCCAGGCUCAAAUCGGCACAAUCAACGCAACCAGAACAAUGCCUCUUCUUCACCCUUUUAUCAAAAUCAAAAUCGCCACCAGAAUCAUAACUAUCAAGGCAAGCAUAAUCAGCAGCAACAACAGCAGCACAACACGCCUCUAAAUUACAACAAUAAUGGCAACAAAGAACCCGUGCGCUUCAACAAGAAUAAGAUGCUUAUCGGCCCACCGGAAGAAAUUUCGCUUAGGCCAGCGGCCAACUCCAUGACCUUCAAGCAGCCCAACAUCAGUCCCAACCUGCCAAUCUACAAUGGCAGUCUGGACCUGUUCCCCGGGCGCAUUCCAAACCCCACAAUGAUGCGCACUGCAGCCCUGCGUAAGCCGAGCCCGCCUCUAAUGCCUACCAAGGAGACACCAGCUGUAAUGUUGAUCAAGCAGGGACCGCUCGACAAGCGCGAAAAACGCGAACGCAAAGACAAGGGCCCAACCAAGGAGGAGGUCAUGAAAAAGGUCAACGCUAUGAUGGAUGACUUUGCCUCGCGUGGCAACGUUGAAGAGGCCGUCACGGCCUUCAAGGAGCUCAAGAUCGCCGAGCGCUUCUUGCGCUAUGCUGUAUACACCAUUUAUUCCAACAGCCUCGAGCGCAAUGACUCCGAGCGCGGUCUAGCCGCUGAUUUGAUCAGCCAACUGCGCAAGGAGAGCGUCCUCACUAGCCAGCAGUUUCACGAUGGCUGGAAGGAACUUGUCAACUCUAUGGCUGACAAGGAGAGCGCGGUGCCGUGCAUAGCCUCGCACGUCGCCCAACUGACCGCGCGCGCUAUUUUCGACAGCAUGCUGCAGCUCCCAGACCUAGCCUCUGUCACCGAGAACGGCCAACACUAUCCGCUCUUUUUGCUCACGCUACAGCAGCUGCACAAGAGCCAAGGCAAAGCCGUGCUCACGCAGAUCUUCAACGAGAGCAAGGUUAACCUCAUUAGCCAGCUUCCAGAGGCCGAGAAGACCAAGGAACGUCUCGGCGAGAUUCUUGAAGAUCGCGAUCUCACCUUCCUGUAUCCGCUACUGAGAAUCCAGGGUGACAUGUGGCGACAACUCGAGAUCGAUCCGGCGCCCAACAGCCUCUACAAGUGGAUCAAAGAAAAACUCGACCCCUCGCACCACUCUGACCCUGGCUUUAUCAACGCCCUCAUGACCGUUCUUAUCAAAUACAUCACUCAGGAAACGACGUUUCAACCUGGCACCAAUCCAUCGGUCAUCCCUGACAAAUCUCUGCAAGACAAGGAGUCGGGGUUGCUGCGCAAGUACCAGCGUAUGCUGCAAACGCUUCUACCCACCGUCGAGUCACAGGUCACUGCCGUGCAUUCAUUGCAAGUUUUCUGCCUGUCGCUAAAUUUCCCCAAGGGAAUGCUGCUGCGUUGGUUCAUAGCACUUUAUGAUCUUUCAAUUAUUGAUGAAGAUGCUUUCAUGCGCUGGAAGGAAGAUGUCAACGACGCUUACCCAGGAAAGGGUGAUGCCUUGUUCCAGGUAAAUGCCUGGUUAACUUGGCUCGAGCAGCAGUCGUCUGAGGACGAAGAUGAUGAUGAGGAAGACAAGGGAGAUAAUUAAAAAGAAGAACAAAAGGAAGUGGAGGGAAAAGUCCCGGGAGGGAGAUUGUUCUGAAAAAUCUAUGAUUUGUUAUAGAUUUUCACUAUCUCAUAAUCUAGCUGAGCCGAAGGUUUUGGUUUCAUCAAUUAUGUUGCCUCUGUCAAAACGAAAAUAAUAACAAUAUCAAUGAACAUCCUGUGAGCUUGUCAGUGCCCUCCAGCGAUAAAAAAAAUUAAAAAUACUGUAUAUGCGUUUGUUGAAGGACGCACAGCCAAGCUUUGAAGCAGUGAAAAAAAAGGGACAAACAAAAAAAAUAGUAAAAGUAAUAAUUUUAAAUUGUAGAGCUAUGAGCGGCGCUCGACUAUUUUUGCGAGCAGGAAGUCUCAACAAUAUCGUAGAUAAUUGAAUUAAACUAUUAUUAUAAUUAUUAUCAUAUUAUUUACAUUAUGAAAAAUAACGAAAAAAAAGGGAAUAAAUAACGGGCCAGCGAAUGAGUUUUGGUGCAGAAAAAAAAAAAAAGAAACUACUUUAAUAAGAAUGAGAAGAAAUAUAAAAGUAGGAAAUAUCAGUAUAAACAGGGCUCAAAGUAUAUUAUGACAUAGGGGUGAAACAUAUGAAAAUUUAGUCUGAUUUGUAUUGUCCGAGUUUUUGUCUAGUAUUGUGUAUGUGCCACGUUUUAUAAGUCUUUUUGUCAGUGAUUAAAAGGAAGCUCUGUGUAUCAACUUUUACACUUAUGAUGAAUAAUUAUUACAUGAUAAUAUUACUUAAAUGCAUUACUCAAGACAUUUAUUCAUACAAAUGUUCAACCGAAGAUCAAUUAUAAACUUUCUGAUAAACAAAUUUUGCCUGUAGUUCCAAAGAAUGUUAUUAAGUGAUAAGUAGUUUGAAAGUGACUUAACUGAUGAGAGAAGAUGCUUUGGAAUAUAUCACCUAUGACGAUGGACAUCGUCAUAAAGCCUUCAUGUUUUUAAGUCUGUUCUGUUUUCGUUGAAUAUGGAUGAUAUUUAUUGUUUAAUAGCAAAAAAUAUCAAUCAAAAACUCGACCUGCAUAUCUCCUCGCUGCACCAUUUCUUUCAUGCACAGAUACAAAAAAAAAAAAUAAAAUAAGUGAAAAAUGAAAUGCAGCCUUUUAAAUAUCGAUACCGUUAGAGCCAACAGCAACGAUCAAACAUCACGUUCGUAUUGAAAAUAAAACAUAACAUGGCAAGAACUAGUGACACCUUUAAAUCUUAAAUGAAAAGAUAAAAAUUAGAUGACGGAAAAAUGAAUAAGUUUACCAGGUCACGAGUAAGAAAUUUUUUUUUUCCUACUUCAUUUUUGCGUACAUCCUCAGUUUGACUAAAGUAUCAAAUAAUUUAAAAAAAAAAAAAAAAAAAAAAAAAAAAAAAAAAAAAAAAAAA